AUGCCAACUCCACCAUCGCAGACCCCGGACGUGCAGUAUGAUGCAGAUUAUCUGAACCAUGAACACGGCGCGGAUGUGUUUGGGGAUGGUGCGAAUACACCAGAUGCGACUGUAAAGAUCUCGACGCCGUCUACGGCGCCUCUUACACGCACCGUGGCUAUUAUCAAGCCCCAUGCGCUUAAGCACCGGUUUGACAUCGAGAGACGGAUCCAGGAAGCCAGUUUCGAGAUUGUAAAGGAACGGCAGAUGGAAUUUGACACGGAGACGGACCCCGAUACGUUGUAUGACCUCUUUGGAGACGAUACAGACGCUCUGGCAGAAGGUCCAGUGUGGGUAUACGUACUUGAGCGGCGCCGCGCGGUAGAAGUAUGGAACACGCUCAUGGGCCACCCAGACGUCGAAAUCGCACGGCGCGAGACGCCCAACUCCCUCCGCGCACUGUACGGCAUCUCCGCACAGCAAAACGGCCUCAUGGGCUCCCCGGACGCGCAGACCGCAGAGAUCCAAAUCCUCUCCCUCUUCGCGUCGUCACCGCCCUUCCCUACCUCCGACCUCCCCGCAGAGGAGCACGAGCAGUACCCUUCUAUGCGCAGCGACGACUCGGCGCUGCUCGAAUCCAUCCGCCGCGGGCUCACCAUCGAAGAUGAGGGGUACGCCCCGUCGAGCGUUACGAACCCGUCCACUGCAGGCGGGACCGGCCCGCGGCUCAACGCGAACGGGAAGGUGCCGUUCAAGGCGCGCGCGGUGCCCGCGACGCACGACAAGCCGGACAUCGUGCCGCGCAUGACGCGCUCGGCGGCGCUGCGCGCGGGGCAGCCUGUUGAGAAGCCUACGAGUACGGGCCCGCGCGCGCCGGUGUCGAAGGAGAGGCAGGCGGAGACGUUUGCAAAUGUGCCUGGGCAUAAGCGCACGAGUACGAUUCAGGUCGCGUCUACGGCUGCGCCGACGAUUGCGCCGCGGAUGACGAGGGCAGCGUCGUUGAGGUUGGGGCAGCCCCUGCCGCCUCCGGUGACGAGGCAGAGGUCGACGGGGGAUGAGCAAGCGAAGGCGAAUACGUUUGAAGGUGUUCCUGGGCAUAAGAGGAGAGAGAGUAUUGCUGUUGCGUCGAUUAAAGCACCUACGGUUGCUCCGAGGUUGAAUAAGAGCGCGUCGUUGAGAGCUCAGAAGGAGCAGACCCCUCCUACUUCUUUCAUGUUCCGUGCUGGUUCUGCAGCCAAAACGCCCACCUUGUCUCGGGCGACUUCAACACAAACCCUUUCAUCUCCUUCAAAGGCACCACCCGCCCCUCGACCAGCAUCUCAAGCGUCCAAUAAUCCUGCAACGUCACGGUAUACGGUACCUAGAGCGUCUUCUGUUGCUUCGCGGCCCACUGCCCAACCUCCAAAAAGGGCGCCAUCGAGAUCCGCGACCGCUGGAUCCUCGAGCGCAGUCAACGGUGAUGGUUCUACUGAAGAACCCGCCGCAGCUGCAGCACCAGCCAAAGCCAAGCCACGUCCAAGUAGUAUCGCAGCUCCUUCCAUCGCCCCAAGGACCAACAAAAGCGCGGCACUUAGGGCGGCGAAGAAGGAGGCUGAGAACGCGGCUGCUUUGGCAGCUGCAGCGAAGAAAGCCGCUCCCAGGCCGAGCAGAGUCGCUCCGCCACCGUCGAGCUUCAAGGCAAUUCCAACAUAA